GUUCCUGACUCCACACAGGAACACACCAUCCCUGGAACACGGAAUCUGGCUGGGAACGGAGAAACGGGAAUGCACUGGGACGAAUAAACUGAGGAGAAUAAAUAUUACCUGCCAUCUGUUGGUCUUCCUCACUCAUCUGUCAUCCACUGUCACUUUUUCUUUUGCUUUUUCUGAGGAGAACUUCUUCAGAGCCUCCAGUGAAAACACAUACAUAUAGAGAUAUAUAUAUAACAAUCCUAUACAUAUAUCAAUAUACAGUAUGCCUGUUUUCAUAAACAGCAUAUGGGGAACAGAACUGAGCAGAAGGAAGACACCUUGAUUGUGAGAACAAAAGCAUUAGGAGGACUAAAGAACAACAGAUAUUCCUUCGAGAGAACAGAGCGGUGUAAAACACUGAGAAUGACUUGUGGAAUCCCUCCAAACUCUAGCGUGAGGCAUCUCUUCCUCGCCGACAUCACGCAUUGUUUGGUGGGACAAAGAUCACGGAUAAGGCUUGAUUCCAACAGUGUCAUUUCUUCAGGCUUCUGAAUUGGAAUUCUACCAAGUGUUGUUUUUUUCUCGGGCCACGAAACAGUUUGUCACAUGGUGAGAUCCUUGAAUCUGGCGUUUUUCCAAAGGGGAGGAAUCUUGCUCGCUCUCACUCUCUCCCUGUAGUGAUGAGAACGGCGAGCACGUUGUGUGCUGAAGUGGCGUGGAAAGCUCUCCGUCUCAUUCCCUGAUGAGGGCUGCUUUCCCUGUAUCAGCUUGCCAUUCUUUUAGGAGCCGGACAACGAGUCAGCAUUAAACCUGCUCUAAACUUGGAGACAGAUCACUUUGCUCAGCAAACUUGCUUUCUUGGUUCACAUUAACUAAACUCCACUGGUUAAAUUUUUCCCAGUGGUGCUGUUGCAUUCUGGGAUACGCAUUGUGGGAUUACUUAAAGAGGAUCAUGGCUGCCUCACACCUGUUUUUGAAUGUGUUUACUGCCAUUUUACUUUUGAGCUACGUUUCUCAAGGUCAAAAAUCCAACACUGCCAGCACAGGUGUGCAAGCCACCAAUCGGACGGCUGCUCCGUCUGGUGCCCCGGAGGUCACUCUUGCGACCCCGGGGUCAGAUGCAGACGAAAUCCCGUCAGCUGGGAGCCGCUGUUGGGGUUACUACGAUGUAAUGGGCCAAUGGGAUCCUCCGUUUAACUGUAAUGCAGGAAUAUACCUGUUCUGCUGUGGCUCCUGCUACUAUCGAUUUUGCUGCCAGUUCAAGGUUCACAGCCUGGACCAGACAUCUUGUUCCAAUUACGACACGCCGGUGUGGGCUAACACAGGCAAGCCGGCGGCUCCGGCGACCGACGUCCAGGAGGAACCGGAUCGAGACCGCACUCACAUGAUUGUGUACAUAAUAUGUGGAGUGGUGGCCAUCAUGGUGCUGGUUGGGAUCUUCACCAAAUUGGGCCUGGAAAAAAGUCAAGGAGGACAGACGGACAUGACAAACUCCAGGGCCCUGACGGAACUGCUGAAACAGCCAGGCGAGCCCGGGGGUGUGGACCGAGGAGGCGGCCACCACCCUAUGGGAUCCAACGGCAUCUCUGGCAGGUCAAUGCGCACCAACAACGAGCAUAACCACCUGAAUAAUGUCACGCAUCCUACUUUGAGUCCCGUAAUGACUCUGUCCCAGCCUCACAACAACAUGGGCUUCAACAAAUACUCCUCUCUCAAGACCAUGGAUACUACAGCAAGGGAUUACUACCCCAAGAGCUACCCCAUGAUGGAUUACGCACACCGCCAAUCCUCGCCAGCAACCUUCCAGCCCAUUGCUUUCCACCUAAAAGAUAAACACUUUCUUCCCCCUCCGGACAUCCAUGCUCCUUUGGCCAUUACCAUUACAUCAGCUCAAGUCCCCAAGUCCAAGAUCUCCAAGACUAACACCCACCCACUCACCUCGAGCUCAGCCUUCAAAGUUUGGGACCCCAACAAGAGCCAUGUCCAACACCAGGUCCCUUUCAUGAUGCAGCCACAGCCACCACUGUCCCAACCAAACAGUCGGUGCCAGGCCUUCUCCAACAAGCGUCAGUUUAGCAUCGAGACUCUUCCAGAGUUGUUCACUCAGCCUCUGGGGUACGGACAGUCUCCGCACCUCCACCCAAAACACAAGGGACUGCCCACAAACAGCAAAACGGAAGUGACGGUCUGAGGGGAAAGCCUGAAAAGGAUGCAAACACAAGAAAGCAUGAUUACGAUUAGACAACCGGAUUUGAAAGCUUCUGCACAUGUGCUUCAGUUAUAUUUAUAGUAUAUUUCUUCCUUGUAUUCGUUUUGGACUAGAUUUAUUUUCAUUGUACAACAAUACACAGAACUUAAGGGGAAAACGUUGCAUGGUCUUGAUUCUGAUUCUUCAUGGGCCUUGAAUCCCUGGUGAUCCUACCUCCCCUCUAAAAUUCUGGCCUGUUGUUCUUGUACUGCUGGCCUUCAGAUGUCUCUUGUGGACCAGACCCAUGUGUCCGAUAGCAAAGGGCAGGAGCCUUGCACCUCAGGAGCCUUCACACCCUUCUGGAUAAGUCCAUUGUGCUGUCAACUUCCAUCAGCCAAGUGCUACCACACAGUGAAAUAUUUUUCCGACAAUUCUAGACCACUGAGGAUAAAGAACAGCGAGGAAGCAUACGGAAGAGGACAGUGAAGAAACCAAGGUGCCCUGUGAGAGGGAAAGAGACUGUCAAGUGUUGUGAUGUUUUAAGAGUUUGUUAUUUCAGUCAGCGGAUAAGGGUCUAGGUGAAUUUGGCAAAGUCCAAUGUCCCUAGGACUCUUUACCUCAACACCUUCAUCAAAGGAUGCAUUCCAGCAAUUAUCCAGGGAGCGGACUGCCAAUAUCACUUCAAGUCAUAGCUAUUCUGGCUGUUUCUAUUUCAAACUCUUGUUUGAGACACAGCACAGGUAAAGACAAGGUCGAUAAGCAAGUCUCUAUUACAGACAGACCUCAAGAGAGACAUUUCAGGGGACGACAGUCGCCUGCAGAGAUGAGGUGCCAUACUGACUGAGGAGCACACGUCUAGGUGAACAAAUCCGGCAAUGUCAUAAGUAGCACUGCCAAAACAACUUUGCUAAAUUGACCCAUGUGUAUUCUUUGCAAUAUCUGUCAAACAGCCUGCUUCCUUUGAAUACUUCUGAAUGUAGAUAAUUAUCCUUUUUGUGAAAGCAAGAACCUAUUAGAUUGAUGAUUCAAUGACAAAAUCUGGCAUGUUGCAGCAAUACCUACACCCUAUUGUAGCAUCCUAAUGCACAUGGCAUGGGAAACCACUAAAUCUGGUGGUGGGCAUCAGUUGAAGUGAAGUUGUGGGCAUCAAGUGAAGGUCUGAGAGUUUAGGUUUCUUGGGAGUUGCUCAAGAGACCAACGAAAAUGGUAGCAAUACUAGGCCUGUCUGUCCUCUCCUGCCUGGGGCCAAAUGACUGAUGGACACAGCUGUCAAACUCACUCACUCUCUGCUGUUCCAAGCUGUUUCCAGCCAGGCGUUUGGCUGCCACACUGCCACAGAACACCAGGGGGCGCUGUAAUUGAUGACGGCUUGGUUCUAAUUCAGCAGAUCCAAAAUAUGUUCUCCAUAACUGCCUGUAGACAUGUUUUUUUUUUUUCUCAUCUGUCUUAUCUUUUUUCAUUCACAAUGGAUCCGAAUGGAGAUAUAUGGUUCUUGCUCAAAGACAAAAGGCGAGACUACAAAACAAAAUUUAGUUUUUUUUUAUGCACCAAUUUAAAGGAGACCUGCAGAGAUGUCUGAUGGUGACCUCUUGUUUCUUUACACAACAAUAAAGCAUCUGUUUACCAAGCAAACAGUUGUGUCUAAAAAGUAGCACACUUUGUUUGAACAGCCUUGUGAGUUUUUACGGGCCAAUGACAUCUAAUGUACAAGCCACCUAGGGACUAUAAAAGAGUGUGAAAUGUUCAAUGGAACUGCUGCUUAGGGCUGCUUGCAAAUAAAACGCCAGUAUUGCGAGAAGCAGAGAAGGAUUAUUGAACUCGGAAGGAAGAGGCAACACACUUGUAAAGGUACAAAGCAUUCCUUUCUAAACACUAGAUUGCAUUAAAGUCAUUGAAGCACAUGUUACGGCAGUUGGGUCUGUAAUGAACUAUAAAGAAACAACGAAAAAGAAAGAAACAAGUAACUCUCUCUCUCUCUCUCUCUUUAUAUCCUCACCAGCUUCAUUUUGGAAAUCAUUUCUACUUCUGGACCAACUCCAGGGACAGCAGUUCCAAAAAUGUGACAACAAAUACAGUUACAGCAUGUUCCUGGAUGGCUAUUUUCAACCGUUGAAUUGAUGUGAGGAUGUAUCAACAUGCUCUCAUGGGUCUGCAUCGAGUCAAAUUAUCCUGAGCUACAGUGGUGCUUCGUUCUGUUUCAGUGGCAAUGGCUCCAGGGUGUCAUUGGGUUUCAGGGGUAAACCCUGGAGGACAGACACGGCUGUCAGACUCUCCUGGCACAGAGAUGUCAAGCGAUGCCAAGGUGAGCCAGCUACACAGCCUUCUGCCUGAAAUGGAGCCACUUUGUCAGCCAGGAGGUCAUGAAGUCUGUCUAUGAGUAAUGCCGGAAAAGAGCAGAGCAGGGCAGAUUUAGCUUUUAACAAAACCACAGUGAUAAGGUCUCUGGCUGUAUCAGCUUAAACCCUGAAUCAAAUGAGGACUAACGUCUGGACUUAAACUUUUUAUUUGACAUUAACUCAAUAAAGCACUGGAUUGGUCAAUUAAUUACUUAAUUCCACAGGUUAAGGACGAUAAAGGGAAAUCAAAAGAGGUUGAGUGCAUUCAUCUGUUACAAAGAAACACAAGGUGUAAAUAUCUGCUUUCGAAUUCCUUCUGUGGGAAAUCUCGUUUCCAGUGGUUAUUUUAAACCACCCAAAUAAGCUGAAUGACUGUUGUUUCUGACUUCUUCUUAAAACGAAAGUGUUCUACCUGUGAUGUGAAUGCCACUGGGUAGCAUUUUAUCUUUAGCAAUACAUGAUGUACUUUUUACUGUUUAUGUACUAUUUGCAAUUUCGUCUUUUUUGUAUCGUAAGCGUAAUUGGAAUCAAAGUCGAGCCUGCCGCAGGUGACAACCAUUUGACGGAGAUGAAGUGCUUCCGAAUUUUAACACCCUUCUCACCUUCCUUACUAACUUAAAAUUAUGUCUUGCCAUAUUUAAAGCUUGCGCUAUAUGUAUAAACCAAUGCUUUAUUUAAUCAUUUUUAAAAGACAUAUUAUAACCUAUGCUUAAAUGGCAUGUUAGUUGCCAGUCCAGAGACAUGUAAUAUGUAUAUUGGAGAUUCACAUUGUUCCCAUUUGUUUGGUGGCUCCAUUCGUUUGGUAGAACGUUUGACCGAUCUAAUCUUAUGCACUAUUCUAAGCUGUACCUUUUGUGUAUGUAUAAUUAGGAUGAAUUCUACUAAGGGCUUUUAAAGAUGUACGUGCUCUUAACAGGAGUUGCCCCGUGUCGAACAUGGAAAGGGUUUUCCCCAAUGCAAUGACAG